GUGGAAGUGCUUUUCACCCUCAUCCUGAAGGUGACAGUUCCUAGGAGCCUUCCCUGAUCUUCUUUGGGGUCUCAGGCUUAAGAGACCACUCGUCCCAGCUCACUUCAGUACCUCCUCACAGCCGCAGCAGUUAUCUGGAGAACUCUACACUGAUGAUGUCCUCUGUGUCCAGACUCUCCAUCCCCAUCUCGGCCACAGAGUUUCUUCUGGCCUCUGCCGUCUUCUGCCUAGUGCUCUGGGUGGUCAGGGCCUGGCAGCCUCGGGUUCCUAAAGGCCUGAAGAGUCCACCGGGGCCGUGGGGCUGGCCUCUGCUGGGGAACGUGCUGACCUUGGGGAAGACCCCACACCUGGCACUGACGAGGCUGAGCCAGCGGUACGGGGACGUGUUGCAAAUCCACAUUGGCUCCACACCCGUGCUGGUGCUCAGUGGCCUGGACACCAUCCGGCAGGCCCUGGUGCGGCAGGGGGAUGAUUUCAAGGGCCGGCCUGACCUCUACAGCUUCACUCUGGUUACUGAUGGCCAAAGCAUGACCUUCAACCCGGACUCUGGACCAGCGUGGGCUGCCCGCAGGCGCCUGGCCCAGAAUGCCCUGAAGAGCUUCUCCACCGCAUCAGACCCGGCUUCCUCGUGCACCUGCUACCUGGAAGAGCACGUGAGCAAGGAGGCAGAGGCCCUCCUCGGCAGGCUGCAGCAGCGGAUGGCAGAGGCUGGGUGCUUUGAACCCUACCGAUAUGUAGUGGUAUCAGUGGCUAAUGUCAUCUGUGCCAUGUGCUUUGGCAAGCGCUAUGACCAUGAUGACCAAGAGCUACUUAGCUUAGUGAACCUGAGUAAUGAGUUUGGGGAGGCGGUUGCCUCUGGGAGCCCCAUGGACUUCUUCCCCAUCCUUCGUUACUUGCCCAACCCCACCCUGGAUUCCUUCAAGGACCUGAAUAAGAAGUUCUAUAACUUCAUGCAAAAGCUGGUCAAGGAACACUACAGAACAUUUGAGAAGGGCCACAUUCGGGAUAUCACAGACAGCCUGAUCGAGCACUGCCAGGAGAAGAGGCUAGAUGAAAAUGCCAACAUCCAGCUGUCUGACGAGAAGAUCGUUAACGUUGUCUUGGACCUGUUUGGAGCAGGAUUUGACACGGUCACAACUGCCAUCUCCUGGAGCCUCCUGUACCUGGUGACGAACCCCAAUGUGCAGAAAAAGAUCCAGGAGGAGCUGGACACAGUAAUUGGCAGGGCCCGGCAGCCCCGGCUCUCCGACAGGCCCCAGCUGCCCUAUAUGGAGGCCUUCAUCCUGGAGAUAUUCCGACACGCUUCCUUCGUCCCCUUCACCAUCCCUCAUAGCACCACAAGAGACACAAGCCUCAGUGGCUUUUACAUCCCCAAGGGACGUUGUGUCUUCGUGAACCAGUGGAAGAUCAACCAUGACCAGAAGCUCUGGGGUGACCCGUCUAAGUUCCGACCAGAACGAUUUCUCAAUCUCGAUGGCACCAUCAAUAAGGCACUGAGUGAGAAGGUGAUUCUCUUUGGUAUGGGCAAGCGGAAGUGCAUCGGUGAGACCAUUGCCCGCCUGGAGGUCUUUCUCUUCCUGGCCAUCCUGCUGCAGCAGGUGGAAUUCAGUGUGCCCCAGGGCACAAGGGUGGACAUGACCCCCAUCUAUGGGCUGACCAUGAAGCAUGCCCGCUGUGAGCACUUCCAAGUGCGGGUGCGCACUUAGGGGACUGAGAGCCCUGCAGCCUAGACUCUGCCUACCUGGCCUGUCUGGGCAGCCAGGACAGGGGGCUGGCCCAGGUCUGGGGGGUUUUCUAAGCCUCAGCUAGAAACCCACAGAUACUGGUCUGGCUGGAUUUUGCUGUCUGGGCUGCAGGCAAGGCUGAAGGAUCGUGCUUGCCCACCAGCCUGGACUUGCUGCUCUGCGUACUGAUCAUGGACAGUGGGCACAGCAGGAGCCCCAAAGGAGCAGAUGGAGCCUUCUGGAAUUGUGCUUGAUCCAGGAGGCUUGGUUGGUUUGGGAGAUCCUAAGCACCUGGAAAGCUUGAGGGAAUGCACUAAAAGGCCGUAAACCCAGUGGCUGGCUGGCUUUCUGUGGGGGUGGAUUGGCUGGAGAAACAAUUAGAGCAGGCCACACCGGGGCCUGUCCAAUCCCUCUGACACUUAGGAGCUGUCACUAAUGAUGGGAAGAAGCAUCUUCAGAUCUGCCGAGCGAUCUGACCACGGGGUUCUGGGCCACUGUGAUGCCUUUUGUGUUCUCCGUGCAUCAGCAACAGGGCUGCCUCCCAGCCUUGGAAGGCCCCUGUUCCUGUCCAGGAGGGGCUGGGGACUUGGACAUGUCUAAGAGGAGUAGAGAGCAGAGGGAGGGCCCAGAUUCAGACACCAGAGACCAGUUCUCUAUGCCCUAUAUAAAAAUGCCUUUUAAAAAUAUUUGUAUGCAAGAAGCUUUUUAUUUGUCUGCAUUUAUCAUACAUAAGAGCUUAAGAACAACUUACUGAGUGCAAUAGAGAAAAAGUCUAACCCAAGUAUCCAGAAAUGUGUAAGAAACACCUACCUAAGCUAAAUAAAGAUAUUAUCCAGGA